AUGGUAACCCCUGACCAAGCCGACCCCUUGCGAAGCGGAUUCAAUCCGCCGGAGAAGGAGGACAUCUACGAAAUAUACAUGACGGCAACCUCAUUGAAAAAACGGCAGCAAUUCUGCGUCUUCUUCAACAUCACCCCCUCCACUCUGGACAGCUGGGCACAGCCGGCGCGCGAGAUGCUUCGCGAGGACAGCGGGUUGACCGACGCGUACCAAAGCUUUCGCACCCUGGGCGGAAAGAAGUAUGUGUACGCCGAGCCCGGCGCGCGGGCCUGGUGGCAGCUCGAGGCCAACAAGACGACCGACUUCCACUUCGACGACCGCGAACUCGUCCUGCGGCUCUCGUGUACGGACCCUAUCAUGGAAUACUUUGCCAAACUGCCGUCGUCCGUUGGGUGGGAGGUCGAUGACGUCGACCGUGAUGGCUUGCCGGUCAAACGCUACGUACCCAGCUACGCGAUGCAGAUGGCUAUGCUUCGCGAGCUGUUGAGGUUUGAGGCGAUGAGAAUGAAGGGGGAAAAUGGCGUGUGCAAGGAGUAA